AUGGGGUAUUCGAAGCAGUUCGAUUUCGUGUACGUGCCUGUCAAGUUCACGACGAUGAUCGGCUUGGGUUACGCUUUUGUGAACUGGACCACCCACGAGAACGCCAAAUACUUCAGGCUCACCUUCGGUGGUUUCGAAGGGUGGCUGCCGCCUACCUCGCGCGGGGGUUGCUGCAAGGUAAGCUGGAGCCGCUGCCAAGGCUUCUGCACGAACAUCGCCCGCUACCAAAACAGCGCCGUCAUGAGCAGUUCUGUGCCGGCCUCGUGCAAGCCUGUCCUUCUGAAGGAAGGCGUCCAGAUCUCGUUUCCAGAGCCCACCAGACAGCUUCGAAAGCUGAGGUACCGCAGGCUGACUGGAGAGGCUGCAAGGGCCUCUUCUUCAUAUGAGGCCUAG